AGCGUUCCCGCCCGAACGAUCGAUUCUGCAACGGUCACAGCACGCUGUACAUCACUGUGACUCUUAAUACGAUAUAUAUAUAUAUAUAUACAUACAUAUGUGUGUGAAAGGUUUUACUUCUGUUUUUCUCACCCCCACACAAGCUUAAUGUUCCGCAGCGCCCACAUCCUGCGCUAUCGUGCGACGACGUGUCGACUGCUUCUAUCGCCGCUCGCCGCGGUCCCUCCUCUCUCCAUCUUCACCGCCACCGCCCCCAGCCAUUUCGUCACACCGCUUCGUUGGUGCAGCACGAGCACUGCAAGUGCGGAUACACCGCCAUCAUCAUCAUCGCCGAAGCGAAAAGUGCAGAUCGCCGUCGUCGGCAGCGGGCCCAGCGGCUGCUUCGUGGCAAAUCAGCUCGUCAAAAAGCACACCGAUCUGCAUGUCGACAUCUUCGAGCGGUUGCCUGUGCCGUUCGGCCUGUGCCGCUACGGCGUCGCGCCGGACCACCCUGACGUGAAAAACGUGGAGAAGCAGUUCAUGGAACUCUUUCAGGGGGGGCGCGUGACGUGGAUCGGGAACGUGUCGAUCGGCAGGGAAAUCCCUGUCGGGGCGUUGCUGUCGCACUACGCCGCCGUCGUCUUUGCGACCGGUGCGGAGGGCUCGAAGAAGCUGGGCAUCCCCGGCGAGGACUUGGCCGGCGUCAUCUCAGCCCGCAGCUUUGUGGAGUACUACAACACGUACCCCUUCCCCUUUGGCUCCCCCCGCUUCUGCCCAUUUGACGUGGAGAAGACACGGCGCGCGAUUGUGAUCGGCAACGGCAACGUCGCGAUGGACGUGGUGCGGGUGUUGGGCGGGUCAUACAAGUACUUCUGCCCGACCGACAUGAACUGCGUGUGCCUGCAGGAAAUGAUGAGAAACAGAAUCGAUCACAUCAGCAUUACCGGACGGCGCGGGGUGGACAGCUCAGCCUUCGCCACGGCGGAGUUCCGCGAGCUGACGAAGUAUCAGGAGGGACACGUGAAGGUGGAGGUGGACCCCUUUGAGCUGAACGCGGCGGUGGCGGCGGUGCCAGAUGGCAAGACAUCCCGCGCACACACGCGCAUGAUGGAGUUGGUCCAUCAGUUUGCCAUCGCCGAUGACGUCUUCGAAACGGAAAGUACGCAGCUGGCGACGGAUGCGGACGGGGUUCCGCUGCCGAGUGCGGCGGUCGCACAGCUGGACGCACCCCCGUCUCCAUCUUCCACAGGCAGCAGAAGCAGCAGCAGCGGCACUCCGCCCACCCCGGUGGACAGGCGCGGCCCGUGCACGCUGCGCUUCCGCUACAACCUUACCCCCGUCGCCAUUCUGCCCAGCCGGCACCGUAAGAACUACGUGGGCGGGGUGCUCUUCAGGAAGACACCGACAGCAAACAACAACAAAUCCGAGAAGUUGAACCGCGCCAGCGGUGACGGUGAGAAGAGCGACGAUGAGUUCUGUGUCCUGCCGUGCGACCUCGUGCUGACCUCCAUCGGGUAUCGCACCGACAGCAUCGCCGACGUGCCGUUCAACGAACGGGCAGGCGUGAUCGACAACGUGCACGGGCGGGUGAAGGGCAUGCCGCGGGUGUACUGCGCUGGCUGGGCGAAGAACGGUGCGAAGGGGGUCAUUUUGCACUCGGUGGUGGACGCGCAGGAGACCGUGGCGAGUAUGCUGGCGGACAUAGAGGCGGGGAUUAUCCCGAAGGAGGCAACAGUGGCAGAAGAGGACCACCAACAGCACCCAGAACAACAGCCACCACAGCCGCAAGCUCAACAGCCGCCACGAGACGAGGAGCCACAACCCACCGAUGCACAGCCGCAGCUGUUGACGGUGGAAGCGGCGGAAGCAGAGAGGACCGCGAGCGGGCGAGAGUCAGCGCCGUCGUCCUCCUCCUCUGCCGUCGCUGACGCCGCUGCGCGGACCACAAUGGCGGGCAAGUACGGACUCGUGGACUACUUCGUGGACAAGAAGCUGCAGCCCGUCUCCGUCGCGGGUCUGCAGCGCAUCUUCCACGUCGAGCACGAGCGUGGGGUGGAUCUGGGCAAGAAGGCAGAGAAGAUUGACAGCGUGCGGGACAUGCUGGACGUCGCGCUGGGUGGCGAUGUCGGCCGGAAGGCGGAUGAGCGCAUACGUCGCAUCACGCCCGCACGGUCGGAUGCGAUGAUGUAUCUGAAGGAGUUGCUGGACGAUGACACGGACUUGGCACCGCUGGCGCACGAGCUGGCGAAGGACAUGCCGCGCAAGCUGGCGCCGCAACACCCCCUCGGCCGCAUCUCGCCAGAUCAACUGUAG